GCCCGCCGCCGUCAGCGCCUCCCCCAUCCCCAUGGUUACGCUCCUGCUUCCCGGCCCGGCCCGGCCCCGGCUGUCGCCCGCCCUCCCAAGCAAGCGCAGAGGCGGCUGGCGGUCCCCACGCGCUGAGUUCUGGAAGCCGCCCGCUGAGAAUUGCAUUGAAUGUCUGCGGGUCCUGGCUCCGGCUCGCUGGCUCCGGCGCGGGCCCGCGGCGCCGUGGCCCCGCUGCGGUCUUGCAAUCUGUUGAUAACUCCACUUGCUAGCUCGCAAUGGAAAACUGCUCCCCGGCACAGAGACCUCGCCACAGCCCGCCGGUGCUGCGCGGCACGGCGCCGCUGCUCCUGCUGCCCCUGCCUAAAUAGAUGGGGACAGCCUGGUGACCCUCACCCGCCCCGCCCACCUGAGGCCCCUGGGCCAGGGCUGGACCCCACAGCUUUGUGGGACCUUGACCUUUGGGACGGCCAUGGAGGCUGCCGGGGAGGAGGGGGCCACCUAGUUGGCCCGGCGGCGACCCCUCUCCGUCCGCACUCUCACUGCAGGAGCUUCGCAGGGCCCAUGGAUUUGAAGGCCGUGCUGUCCCUGCCCCAGUACCCAGGGGAGUUCCUGCACCCGGUGGUGUAUGCCUGCACCGCCGUCAUGCUGCUGUGCCUCCUGGCCUCCGUCAUCACCUACAUCGUGCACCAGAACGCCAUCCGGAUCAGCCGGAAAGGCCGGCACACGCUCUUGAAUUUCUGCUUUCACGCGGCUCUGACCUUCACGGUGUUUGCCAGCGGCGUGAACCGCACCAAAUACCCGAUCCUGUGCCAGGCGGUGGGCAUCCUGCUGCACUACUCCACGCUUGCCACCAUGCUGUGGAUCGGGGUGACCGCCAGGAACAUCUACAAGCAGGUGACCAAGAAGGCCCCGCCGUGCCCGGGUGCAGACCAGCCGCCGUACCCCAGGCAGCCCCUGCUCAGGUUCUACCUCAUCAGCGGAGGGGUGCCCUUCAUCAUCUGCGGGGUCACGGCCGCCACGAACAUCAGGAACUACGGGACAGAGGACGGGGACGGGCCCUACUGCUGGAUGGCCUGGGAGCCCAGCCUGGGCGCGUUCUACGGGCCCGUGGCGUUCAUUGCGCUGGUCACCUGCCUGUACUUCCUGGGCACCUACGUCCAGCUGCGGCGCCACCCGGAGCGCAGGUAUGAGCUCAGGCCGCGGGCGGAGGAGCAGCAGCGCCUGGCGGUGCCCGAGGCCGGCCACAGCCCCGAGGCGCAGCCAGCCGAGCUCGGCGCCAACGGGGACGCGCUGGGGCCCGUGGCCCGCCUGCAGGACCCGCCGUGUCCGGGCAAACCGCGGGGCUUUGGCCACCCGCCCGCCGGCCACUGCAAGAUGACCAACCUGCAGGCGGCCCAGAGCCACGUCAGCUGCCUGUCGCCGGCCACGCCGUGCUGCGCCAAGACGCACUGUGAGCAGCUGAUGGAGGACGCGGCCCACGUCCACGUGCACGAGGAGGACCCCUUCGGGCACGGCCUGCCCCUGCACAGCUGCCUCCAGGGCAGCCCCGAGCCUCCCUACUUCGACCCGCACCCCGCGGCCGCCGGGCAGGAGUACGCCUACCACUUCCCGUCCAGCCUGGACGGCAGCCCCCGCAGCUCGCGCACGGACAGCCCCUCCAGCUCGCUGCAGGGCCCGGUGGGGCCGCACACGCUGGCCUGCUGCUCCCAGGGCGACCCCUUCCCCCUGGUCAGCCAGCCUGAGGGCAGCGACACGGCGCUCUACGGCUGCCCCCUGAGGCCAGCCCGGGAGGCGGCCCGCGGCCCGGCCCACUUUGAGAUGCUCCGGAGGACGCAGUCCCUGCCCUUCGGCGGGCCCGGCCAGAACGGGCUGCUCCAGGGAGACAUGUGUGAAGUCCUGUCCUUCAGCGCGGACGGCACGGGCAACAUCCGGACGGGGCCGUGGAAGAACGAGACCACGGUGUAGCGGGGCCGAGCCCCCCCGUCCACGGCCCUGGCGGACAAGCUGCGUGCAGAGCGGGGCCCGGCCACGUGAGGCCGGCGGACGUCGCCCCCCCACUGCCCCUUCUCUGUGAAGGACCCAGGCGGGAAGAUGUUAUGGGCCACAUCUGCACCCACUGACCCCGAGGUCAGCAGGGCCUUCUGUGUCUCAGUCACCGGCUUUCCGACCCCUCUCGCCCGGUCCCCGGGCCCCCAGGAACCGAGCAGGAGUUCUGCCAGGGGGUCCCCCUCGGCGCCUGGCGGGCGCCCCACCUGCCCCACCAGCCUGGCCACAGCCAGAGGUGCCACCCACCUCUCCUAGUGUCUGGUGUGUGUUUCAUUGAAUUUCGUUCCAAGGUGCAGGCGGGCUGCUCCUGCCCAUGGAGGGUGCUCUGGACCUGGGCCGUCGCCACCAGCCUCUCUGCCAGCUCCCGACUGAGUCAGAAGGCCACAUCAGCGCCUCCGUUCAGCACCUGUCCUACCGGCAGCCCCCACGUGCCUGAGAGCCGCACGGAUGCCAGGGCUUGUCGCCACAGUCCAGGCACAUGUGGGAAGGGGCAGUGGCCUGACACUGCUCCUCAGAAGCCAGCUGGGGACUUUGAGGGGCCCUGUGCCUUCGGAAAUGCCCAGUGUCCUUCAGCAGACUCGAGCAUCAAGGCCAGCCACUGUCGGGACCAUACCCCACCCCAACAAGGGCAUUUGGGGCUGUAAAGUUCCCUGCCCCGAAAAGAGGGGCUGGCAUUUCCAUGCGCAUCUGGGCACGAGCCCGGACUCACCAUGGCGAGCCUUGUGUGGAGCUGGGGGCCUGUCCCCCGGGCAGGGGGACACCCUGAGGAGCACAUGUGGGAGACUGCGGCACACACGCACACACACACACCACACAUGUGUGCACAUGACACACACACACACGUUUGUGCAUGCAUACAUACAUGCACACAACUCACCGUGCACCCAGGUCGCGUUGCCCAGACGUCAGAGCACCAGGUCCCAUUGCGCUGUGCCGCUGCAUCCCCCUGCUCCUCCGUGUGCUCCGCUGUCUGGGCAGAGGGGCUUCACCAGGAGCAGACCCUUCCUAUCACACGCCGGGAGGCGAGGGGGUGAGUUGGGGGUCCUGAGGGCCAACCACGCUCAGCAUCUGAGCACAAGGAGCCUGCUUCCCAGGAUUCCCGUAAACCGGACGAUGUCCCGGGCCGGCCACAAACCCCGCCUGUCCCCACAGGUCAGCCAGAUGGGCAACCAGAUGACCACCGGGCAGUUUCUGUCUCUGUCCAGCCUGUCCGCCCGCUUCCGUAGCUGAUAGGAGCCGGAGACCUGACGCUGUGCUGUGUACACGCUGUAGAUGCAGAACCGUCACACAAAAUACAGUAUUUUGCACCGUU